ACUACUAGCUAGACACUGAUAGAACUUCCAUGUAUCUAAGAAAACAUCUUAUCUAUGAUCCCAAUUGAUAACAAGAGCAGUACCUAGGCUGACAGUGGUACCUCAGGGCCGUGUACUAGGAGCAUGAGAGAACCCAAGGGUACCGCGUGCAAUACUCGCAAACACUUCAGUUGAUACCUACCUGCACUUGCUUUGCUGUAUUCUCCAUGUUUCUGGAACAGUUACAAAUUUGGAAACUUCUUCUGUUUAUCAAAAUAUGCCAUGCUGGUCAUUGGGAAGAAGAAAGGCGACAAUGUGUCAUCUUCCAUGUCCCUUACAUCAUCUGCGCUCCAGAUAUUUCUCAAGUUUCCAUUGCCCCUUAUAAUGACUACAAUACAAUACCACUGCAGAUCAGUUCACUCGCCAAAAGUCCAUACGUACAUGAUGCUGGUUCAGCUAUCCAUAAAGAAGCUAUGUUUACUGUUAAGGAUACCACUUCUUCUAUUGAACCUACAACUGAGAACUUGGCAACUACAAGGGAUUUGGAAGAAGAAGGGUUCAAUUUGGACAGUCAUCAGGAAAUGUCUGAACCAACUAGUUCUGCAAACGAGCAAUCAUUAAUUGAUAAUUCAAAUAAUUUUCCUGUUGAACAUUCUGCUGAAAUUAACGGACUUUCUACAGAGCCACAGGAAGAAGAAAGUACAUAUGAAGAAAACCCUAUGCUAAAUCAGCUUUCAACUUACUCAUCACGACAGUUUUCUAAUUUUAAUCUCCAACGUUCACAUCAAGGAUGUGCCAUCAAUGAUAGAACUCAUGUUGGUCAACCUUAUAGUUCCACAUUGUCAUGCGGAUGCAGCCAUGAAGAUACUCAGUUGUCUAGUACAUCAAUUGAUAAUAAUAGUCUUGGGUCUUGUCAAAAUGUUGAAGGUGCUACCCUUGAAACUGCACUUGACAGUGAAACCGAGAGUUCUUGCUGUACUUCUACAGGGGCAGUUCCACUACCUUUGUAUGUCAACCCAAGAUACCUUGACAGUUAUUGUGGAUCCUGGACCAGACACUCUCAAAUUCUUGAUGUUCACAACUAACUUUGUAAUCAUAUAUAAAUCUCAGAAAGUCAGAAUUAAUUAGAGAGAAAAUCUAGAUCAUAAGUAGAGUUUGACUCUUCUAUGUGAAAAUCUGUUUUUUUUUUCAGAACUAAUCUUUGUUUCAAAGCAAUUUGAAUUUUUAUUUAAUUGAAUUUGGAAAUAAAUACAACAUGUUACUAUUGAAAAUAAA